AUGCCAGAACCUUCAGACACAGACUACACCAGUAACGGCCUCUUGACGCCGCUCGAGGCACAGGUGCUCGCGCAGUACCGCCUCUUGGCCAAACAGCUCACAGAACUCUCGCUCGAAAUCCAGCAAUUGACCAAUAAACGGGCCCAAUCCGACUCCCAGGCCAACGGUGGCUCUGCCCACCAAUUGUCGGAGAACAUGAGGAACUUGGAGAUGAAGAUAGGAUUGAUCCACACCUUGUUCAAGGGAGCUGUGUACACGUUGUUUUUGGAGCAGGAUGGGAGUUCUGAGAACAAGUGA